GCUGCCCAGAACUUUUAUUGGACCCAUACUCGUGUCCUCGAGUCUUGCUUAUUUUUCGAGAUCCAGAUCUUCGAUGAUCUGAUGCUGGAUUGUAUCUAAUACGCAUUUGACACAGUACACACCUGAAUCGGUGUCAACCCAUCUGGAUUAGGGGUCUUACCCUAGCGUGAACUCGAGAACAGCAAGCCACGUGGAAACUACUCCGUAGUCUGGCGUGCUCUGGAAAUACGAACAACAAAAACAAACAACAAUUACAAAAAACAUGGGUGCCAACCCUGAGAACAUCCCUUUAGACGAGGAUCAUCUCCUUCAGGAAUUCGAAGCCCAGCAUGAAGCCGGGACGGUCGUGUACGAUACCGCCCAGCGGCUGAUACCCUACACAUCAGGGCCCAAAAAGUUCCCCCUCUUAUUCUACGUCACUACCGCCUUCUCCAAGAAACCGCAACUCGGCGGCUCUGAGGAAACUAAAGAGGAGCCUGUAUAUCCGAUACCGGGUAGCGAUAUCGAUGUCACGGGAUACACCAUCGCAGACAUCGACGACCAUGUCCUGGCGUGGAACAAAUUCGCCAUGUUCAAAGCGCACAUGAUAUUGCUCACGCACGACGGGUACAGAAGGCAGCACGCACCCCUAGAACUCGACAAUGUCAGGGCUCUGUGGAAGGUUUUGCGUAACUUGGAGGGUGAGCAUGAGUGGUAUGGAUUCUACAAUUGUGGUAGAGAUGGCGGUUGCAGUCGGCUGCACAAGCACAUGCAGGUCUUCCCUCUGCACAAGAAAGAUGGCUUCAGGAUGUUCCCAGAUACGGGACUUGAUGAGGAUCGCGUGCCGUUUAGAUACCUGCUGCAUAGGUUUGACGAGGUGCCCGACCCGGAUGAAAUCUUUAACGUCUACGUCGAGCUGUUGACGAGGGCAAGGCUCCUGUUGGGAUUGGGAGGUGCGGAUGAAACGUCGCCUUGCCCUCACAACGUCGUCCUGUGUAAGCGAUGGAUUGUAGUUGUUCCGCGAAGGAUGAACCGGUACGAAGGACUAGGUGUGAAUGCUGUGGGAAUGAUGGGAAUGGUGGGUCUUUCCAAAGAGGAAUAUCCAGCAUGGCUAAAGGUUGGGCCAGAGAAGAUUCUCGUUGAGAGUGGCGUAGCCGUAGAUGAAUCAUCAUGUUUCGACUAGGCAUGGUUCUUCACUUCAUCUACUCACCUGCGGACCUGUCAAACAUUGAUUUUGGCCGGAUAGACAUUUGUUACAUAGAGUAGAACGCAUCUUAAUGGAACCAUAGAACACCAACGACUGAUAAUGCCUAAUAUGAUAGUUCGUCAAUUCGAC